AUGGCGUCUUUCUACUCUCGACUACUAGGAACCUGGGAACUUCUGUCCUUCACCGCCGCCAACAUUGACAAUCGAGAGGACGUGACCUAUCCAAUGGGGUCAGCGUGCAAAGGGCAGAUCAUGUAUAGCGAGGAUGGCUACAUGGCAGCUGUGCUACAAUGGGGUUAUGUUGAGCCUUACAAGACCGAUUGGAUUCGAGCCACAACAGAAGAGUUUGCCGACGCAGGAAGGAGGACUAUGGCGUAUUCAGGUCCCUUCUAUCUCGACGAGCAGUCGAGAGACAGUCAGGAAAUCCUGCAUCACGCCAAAAUCAGCAUUCCUCCCAACUGGGUCGAUACUGUUCAGCUUCGGCAGGCAGAAAUGACAGAGGAGCACGGCGAGACUAUUCUGACUCUAGGUCCCAAGUUUCCCAUGGAGCACGAUGGCAUGAAACGAAUCCUGCGACUGCGAUGGCGCAAAUGCCCGCGGAACGACACACGCAAGGCACCAGCUGAGGCAGGAAUGUGA